AUGACACGCUCUUGUGAACCGUCUGCAGCUGUAGCUAUCUUCUGUAACAGCGAACAACAAAUUCAGAGGACUCCGGGACCUAAAGAGGCUGAGGGGAGACGUUCCAGUCUAACCCUACAUACUGAUUCGUCUUGUUCGUCUGCUGAUAGAAGCAGAUCAUCCACACCUGUAGCUACCAGCAUUACAGCUACUACUAGUGUCCAUCAGUGGGGUAAAACGGAAACCUUGCUUCUUCUCAGUCUCUACGUGGUCCACAAAGAAGAAUUGACAGACAAGAAGACAAAGAAACGGUGUGUGUGGAAGAAGAUUGCAGAAGAACUGACAAGGAAGGGAUAUUGCGUAACUAGUUUGCAGUGUGAGAAUCGGUGGAAAACGCUGAAGGCAUUGUUCCGCCGCACAAUAGAUCACAACAAGAAAACAGGGCGGGACCCACGUACUUGUGAUUUCUUUGAAGAACUUAAAGACAUUCUUGGAGAUAGGCCUGAAGUAGAACCUGUGAGAGUAGCCAGCAGCUACAGCUAUGCUGAUGAAACUGCCAACAACAGCAGUUAUGAUGCCUGCUACCACGGUGAUACUGAACAAUUAUUCGAUGAUAAAGCAGAUGCUGAAGACACAGGAAAUCCACCAGCAGCCAAAAAGCAGGCAAGGGAGAAAGGACAAAACUCUGCCACUAACUCUACCAGAAAAGCUGGUACCAAGAGGGACAUAGUUCAGCUCAUUGAGCACAUCGAACAGCAGAGAUAUGAGCAGGAAAAGGAAAAACUGAAGGUCCUCAAAGAAAUGCAAACAGAGAGGAUGACUGUAAUGAAAAGUCUGGUGGACACUCUCAAAGUUAUUGCAGAUAGACAUUGA